AUGGCCCUGAUCAAGAUCACCCUUAUCUGCUGCGCUCUGAUCGCCGCAAUCGAGUGCGCCCUGCUGCCAGCCGCUGUUCCAGUGGGCGUGCCCCUGAACACGGAGGUGGAUCCGCAUCCGCAGUACGCCUUCGCCUACAAUGUCCAGGAUGCGCUCACCGGUGACAGCAAGAGCCAGCAGGAGGUGCGGGAUGGCGAUGUGGUUAAGGGCUCCUACUCGGUGGUGGAUGCCGAUGGGUCACUGCGCACCGUCUUCUACACCGCCGAUCCCAUCAACGGUUUCAAUGCGGUGGUGCAGCGAGGACCAGUUCCGGUGGCUGCUCGCCCUUUGGUGGCUCCGGUGGCUGCUCCACUCUUGGGCUAA